CACCCUCUAUUUACCGGACACACGACAGUACUCAGAAAUUGAGCGGAAGAGACCAAUAUCAUAAUCAGGGACACCGCGUUUCUGCUUCAGUCCAGCUCCGUCCUCACUCCCUCUCCUCUCCCGCCUCUCUCGGCCUCCUCUCUCUCUUCCAGGCAGUCAGCCUCUCUGCAGAUACAGAUACGAAGACUCCUUGAACAGCUGGCCUAAGAGAGCGCAGCUGAAUUCUCACAGCCAUCAACUUGUGGACCGUCAACCGUAGCCCUUCAACCCAUCAACCGCAAGUGCCACGCCACACGCCUGUCUCCUGUGCCGCUAAGAGAGUGGACUAAAAAUGUCGCUCCAAGCACUUGCGUUGACAGCUGUGGCCCUGACACUCGUCGCAUCAUCGACGGGUCAGGUCAUCCGCAACAUCACAUUCGACCCCGAGAGUCUGCUGAGAGUCCCCGCUGAGACGUCGCACUCAGUCACGUGGUUCUCAGACGCAGACGCUGAGGUGGUGCGCAUCGAAGCCAGCAUGGAGGAUGAGUUUGUAGCGAUAGUGGCGGCCACUAGUAAGCCAGUGAAGGGACAACUGGACGACAAUUUCACGCACUCUGGCCACGUCAACAUCAGCGCCCUCUUCAUCGGCUACAACACCCUCGAAGUGACGCUCUUUGACGAGUUCAAUAACAGCGUCGCCAACGGCAGCAUGAAGAUGACGGUGUUGCUCGCCUAUCAAGAGCUCAACGAUAUUUUCACUUGGCUGAUGGCGGUUCUCGUGGCCAUCCUGUACCUGAUCAUGGGCGCCACCCUAGAUCUGGAGAUCGUCAAGGGCAUCAUCAAGAAGCCAGUAGGACCUGCCGUGGGGGUCUUCUGCCAAUACGUUCUCAUGCCAGCGAUCUCCUUCCUGCUGGGCCUCGCCCUCUUCCCGGACGACCCUCUCCUGCGCCUGGGACUCUUUCUGAACGGCAGCUGCCCCGGCGGAGGAGCCUCGAACAUGUGGACGCACCUGCUGGGGGGCUCCCUCGACCUGUCCAUCAUGAUGACCUUCAUAUCGACCGUCACUGCCUUCGCUGCCGUGCCGUUCUGGGUGCUGGUGAUCGGCCCCGUGAUCCUCGCAGGCGGCCAGUUCACGAUUCCCUUCUUCGACAUUUUUAUCACCGUUAUCUCUCUUAUCAUCCCGUGUGGCAUCGGCAUCUUGAUCCAGAUCUACUUCCCCAAGACAGUGAAAUACUUCGAGAAACUGCUGACCCCGAUGUCGGCGUUCAACCUCAUCUUCAUCUUCACUUUCGGAAUCUACGCUUAUCUGUACGUCUUCGAGAUCUUCACGUGGAGG